UUAAAAUUGUUAGUCUUUAUUAAGCAUGCCAUUGAAGAUGAGGUCAAAAGACUUGGCUUUUAUCAUCUUGUUAAUCAUAUCAGGAGAACUCAAUGCAGAAGAGAAACCAUGUGGUCUUCCUCACUUGGAAAAUGGAAGUUUUGCCCAAUAUUACUAUACUUUCAAAAAUUAUUACUUUCCAAUGAGCAUAGGUAAAAAAAUAUCAUAUUCCUGCUUGCCUGGUUAUACAACCAAAACUGGUAAACAAGAGGAGAAAACCACAUGUACGGCAGGAGGCUGGUCUCCAGAACCAAGUUGCUUCAAAAAAUGCACUAAACCUGACUUGAGAAAUGGUUACAUUGCUGAUGCAAAGUCAUUGUACACAUUUCAAGAAAGUAUGCGCUAUGGCUGUACAUCAGGGUACAAAACCACGGGAGGGCAGGAUGAAGAAGUGGUUCAGUGUCUCCCUGAUGGAUGGUCUUCUCAACCCACCUGCAGAAAGGAGCAUGAAACAUGUUUGGCCCCUGACUUACAUCAUGGAACUUACUCCACAACACAGAAAACAUUUAAAGUGAAGGACAAAUUACAGUAUGAAUGUGCUACUGGCUAUUACACAGCUGGAGGGAAGAAGACAGAAGAGGUGGAAUGUCGCACGCAUGGAUGGUCUCUCACACCGAAAUGUACCAAGUUAAGAUGCUCUUCUUUAAGAUUAAUAGAAAAUGGUUAUUUUCAUCCUCUUAAGGAAACCUAUGAAGAAGGAGAUGUAGUUCAAUUUUUCUGUCAUGAAAAUUAUUAUCUAAGUGGAUCAGAUUUAAUUCAGUGCUAUAACUUUGGUUGGUAUCCAAAAUCUCCUGUAUGUGAAGGAAGAAGAAGUCGAUGUCCUCCUCCCCCUCUGCCUCUAAACUCCAAGAUUCAAACAUAUUCAACAACUUAUCGUCAUGGAGAAAUAGUUCGUGUAGAAUGUGAACUUAAUUUUGAGAUACAAGGAUCAGAAGAAAUACGUUGUGAGAAUGGAAAAUGGACAGAACCUCCCAAAUGCGUUGAAGAAACGGAGAAGAUAGCUUGUGAAGAACCACCCUUCAUUAGGAAUGGGGCAGCAAACCUAAACUCUAAGAUUUACUACAGUGGGGAUAAAGUGACAUAUGGAUGUGAACGUGGCUAUUAUCUCCGUGGAUCAAAAGAAAUCACUUGUAGACGUGGAAAAUGGACACUUGCCCCUGAGUGUGUUGAAAACAAUGAAAAUUGUAAUCCUCCACCUGCUGUAAUAAAUGGGGCUGUGGUUGAUGGAUUAUUGCCAAGCUACAUGUCAGGAUCUUCAGUGGAAUAUAGAUGCAACGAAUAUUACUUAUUGAAGGGAGCAAAAAUUUCUCAUUGUGAACAAGGAAAAUGGUCAUCUCCACCUAUUUGUUUAGAGCCAUGUACUGUUAAUGUGGAUUACAUGAGCAGAAAUAACAUAGAGAUGAAAUGGAAAUAUGAAGGAAAGAUCUUACAUGGAGAUCUAAUAGAUUUUGUAUGUAAACAAGGAUAUGACUUAGCUCCAUCAACUUCACUGGCUGAAUUGUCUGUACAGUGUAAUAGAGGGGAAGUAAAAUAUCCUUUCUGUUUUAGAAAAGAAUCUAAAGGAAUGUGUGCACCUCCUCCUCUUAUUAGAAAUGGAGUUAUUAUUAGUUCAACAGUAGGCACCUAUGAAAACGGUUCUUCAAUAGAAUACAGAUGUUUUGAUCACCAUUUUCUACAAGGGUCUAGGGAGUCCUAUUGUUUAGAUGGAAUGUGGACUACACCACCUUCAUGUUUAGAGCCUUGCACACUAUCUUUUGAUGAAAUGGAAAAGAAUAAUUUACUCUUGAAAUGGAAUUUUGACAAUAGACCACAUAUCUUCCAUGGCGAGUAUAUUGAGUUUCGCUGUAGGAGAGAUUCUUAUAUAGCUCAGACAUCUACUAUCGGAACUGAACUUAGAGUGCAAUGUGACAGAGGGCAGUUAAAAUACCCAAGAUGUAUUCAAAGACAAAGGAUGCUGUCUUUUCAGGAACCAGAGAAACGAAAUAAUUUUGUGAAAAACGCAGUUCAUAAGCUGCCAGUCUGGAAAGUGCCUGCACAAAGCAGAGCGGUGGCACAGCUGAGGCAGCUGAACUUUUUGGGGGUGUGUGGAGGAGGGAAGGGAGGGAGUGGAAAGCUUCCUAGAAAUAGUAAGUCUGGGGUCUACCCGACCGGAGAAGACAUUUCAAGUCGAAGGCACAACGCAGGAGAGGUGGGACUUGCCCUCAGGACUGUGGGGAGGGGGAGCAGCCGACCCUCCUCCCGGGUCUCGCAAGGAGCCGCGCCGGCGCCCGAGGGGCUGCGGGGUGUCGAGCGGGGGAGCGGCCGUGGCGACGCGGCGAGCGGGCCGCAGCCGCUGGGAGGUGAGCCCGGGGUAGGCGCGGCGGCCCCGGGGGAGGCGGCGUCCCCGCCGGUCCUGUCCCUCAGCCAUUUCUGCCGGUCGCCCUUUCUCUGCUUCGGGGACGUGCGCCCGGGCGCCUCGCGGACGCUGGGGCUGGCCCUGGCCAACCCGGACGAGGAGGUGGCUGAGGUGAAGAUCCGGCGCUUCCCGGCCCCCGACCGCGGCUUCAGUGUCUCGCGCCGCUUUUUCGUGCUGCAGUGCAUUGACCAGAGUAGCAUUCCCACCCUUGUCACCAAAAAGCAGAGAAUAUGGGUUCUUGUUGUGACUACUGUGGGUUUUCCACCGCGUAAAACCUCUGCACGUAUGAAGAUAGACCAUGAGUUGAGGGCGUGUGAGCAGUUAGCUGAGUAA